GAUUUCAUUCAAACAAUACAAUUCAAUUUGAAAAAAGGUGUGGUGUCUACUGACUGACUCGUGUGUACUGUGGAAUAAUACAAAAUGAUACAAUAUUUAAUUCCGUUUCUGAUAUUAUGUUCGCGAGCCAAUGGGCAGAGAACUCCGACUAUCUCCCACAUCACUCAGGAGCAGAUCCGGGACAUUGGUGGGCAGGUGGACCUUGACUGCUCCGUGCACUACGCCAGUGACUAUCCUGUUGUGUGGCUGAAAUAUGACCGCCUCAAAACAACAGAAUCCGUGCCUCUGUCCAUGAACUCUGGACUGAUCAUCAGGGACUCCAGAUUCUCCCUGCGAUUUGAUGUAGCUUCGGCGACAUACACACUAUCGAUCAAAGACAUUCAAGAGACGGAUGCUGGAUGGUACCAGUGCCAGGUGAUACUGACUGUGAACAACAAGAUCACCGCGGAGGUGGAGCUGCAAGUUCGACGACCACCAAUCAUCUCCGAUAACUCCACUCGCUCCAUUGUGGCUAGUGAAGGAGAAAGUGCUCAAAUGGAGUGCUACGCCGGCGGUUUCCCCCCACCGAAGAUCUCGUGGCGUCGCGAGAACAACGCCAUCUUGCCCACAGGAGGGUCCAUCUAUCGCGGCAACAUCCUGAAGAUCAACUCUGUGCACAAGGAGGACCGCGGCACGUACUACUGCGUGGCGGAGAACGGCGUGGGGAAGGGCGCGCGCCGCAACAUCAACCUGGAAGUGGAGUUCGCGCCCGUCGUCACCGUGCCCAGACCUAGGCUCGGACAGGCUCUGCAAUACGACAUGGACCUGGAGUGCCACGUGGAGGCGUACCCGCCGCCCGCCAUCACCUGGCUCAAGGAGGAGGUGCAGCUCACCAACAACCAGCACUACAGGAUCUCCCACUUCGCCACGGCCGACGAGUUCACCGACACGACUCUGCGUGUGAUCACCAUAGAGAAGAAACAGUACGGCACAUUCAAGUGCAAGGCCCAGAACAAACUCGGCUCGGAUGAGGGCACUGUUGAGCUAUUCGAGACGAUAAUCCCGGUGUGCCCGCCGGCGUGCGGCACGGCGCGUUUCGGCGGCGCGCACGCACUGGCGGUGUCGCCGCUCACCGUGCUAGCGGCACUGGCGGUGUACACCGUGCACGUAUACCGAAGAAUCGCCAAUCCCCGACAUUAACUACCGCGGUCUGCAGCUGGACCCGAGCAUCUAUGGCGGCGCGCGGCGACUCCACAUAUCCUACCUGGCUGUAUGCACGAUCAUGAUGAUACACUUUUAAAAUGACAUAUCAUUCCUUGCAAUGAGGGUUUUUGAUAUUCUCUUUGCACCAAAGAUGUGUUGCGAGGCUUGUGUUUUUAGGAUCCAAUAGCAUCGCCGCGCUGAGUGAUGUCAUGGCAAACUCACGUCAAUGAAGCAAUUCUAUUGGUUCUCAAAACACAUUCCUCGCAAGCGCAACAUAUCUCUGAUGGAAAUGCAGCCUUAAGGUACGCUUAUACGGGCAACUAAAAUUGAUCCACUCCAGUCAAUUCUCGUCAAC